AUGGCGCAACUAAACUGUCCACCCUGUACGCCGUGUGCAUCCGUGUGCAUUGAACAUCAACCAAUUCAAACGGAAACUUCCGUUGAUAAUCCAUUUCACAAGCCGAAAGAACCAACGGCAGCGGACAUUCAUGCAUAUCAGCAAGAGCUACAAACGAGCCCAGUCGGAUUGCCUGCUAGCGAUCCACCUCCGUAUCUUCCUCAACGGGUUGGCAACUCGGACGGAUAUCCUUUGGCAAAGCCGAUGGGACCCAUCGGUCCGUGGGCGACCGGUCGCGUCGAUUGGGGUGCUUUGUCCGGUCAAACCGGCACACGGCCCGUAGUCAACCAGUACUCCAUUACGCGCUACAGCGUGGACGAAUGGCGCCAGCGAAACGCGAACAUGAUAAAUGCCUGCGACGCUACCGUCGAUCAAAGCGUGCAGGUGGAAAAUGCAAGCAAAAAUACGAUCAUUCGUACAUACGCCAUUGCGGACAAAACGCAAACCGAUUGUACUCAUAGUUUGCACGUGCGGGCCAAAAAUAUUGAUAACUUAAAGUGUGAGCUGAAUCGAGCCAUUUCCAGCAUGCAGGAAGAAAUAGCCGCACUCGAACGGCAACGCAGACGCUUAAAGCAAUCGCUGGCGGUGCUUCGUAUGCCAGAAGCUAUCGCAAACGAAUGCUUGGAACGCCGUACGGGACGUCCGGACACGGAAUUAAUUCGCGAUCGGCCCGAAGAGGAGUUAAUACAAGAGAUCAGUUUGAUUUCCGAGAUAAAAGCGAUUUUAGUCCAGACGCUUGCUAACAUUGAGCAACAACAAAGCGACAACCGUGCCGUACGGCAGCGAAUGGAAUUUGAUUGGAGCGAGAAAAAGGUGGCUCAUGAAAACGAUGCCAUUAAUUGUAAUCUUCGCAACCAAUCCACUAACACGUUGUUCAAACCCGGAGCUACAAGAUGCUCGAAUGAGCAAUCGACGGAAAUCUAUUGGGAAAAGUUUUCACGUGAAACGCUGGACAUGUAUCAGAACUGUCGCCAUAAGUCGGAACAAUUACGAAACACGCUGGAUGCGAUACUUACGAACGCGGCUCGGGAUCUGCGAACGCAAGCCGAUAGCGUGGAGCGGGCGCUUGCUACGCGCAUAUCCUGCAUGGAAGAAAUUCGAGAAAAGCUUGAGAUUGAUCUUCGGACUAUUCUGCAGCGUUUAGCAGACACGGAAAUUCAAAUCGAUAAACUGAAGGUGGCAAUAAGAAACAUGGACUACUCUGUGAUGGUGGUGCAAACUCGUCUAGAUAACCGCAAUCAAAGGCCACGGGUGGAGAAUUGUCGUGAUCAGCCACAAAAUUUGCUAAUUGCCGAAGUGAAAUCACUUGAGGUGGGAACAUCGGCCAUGAAUGCCCAGCUGAAACAGGAAGAAGAUGUAAAACAGGAACUGAUCAACCGUCGCAAUGAAUUGGAACGGGAAAUUAUGCUGAAGCGGCGCACUAUCGCAAUUGAUCGUGAUCGUUGCCAACUGUUGCGAUCGCAUUUUCCCUCGUCCACUGCGUUGAGUGGUUACUGA